AUGGUAGCCUCACAGAGUCCUUCAUUUUCAGAUUUGCCAGAACAACUGAUUAGAGGACUGUUUUGUGAAAUCAUUUAUUUCUUUAUUUUGCAGAAUGAAUUAAUAUCUGGGAAGUAUUUAAAUGGUCUCCUUGAGAUCAUGCAGUUUCAAAGUUUGAACCAAUGGACUCCAGAUUUAGAAGAGAAAAUUCUGCACUACCUCUCCACUCCAAAUCCUUCUUAUAUAUUCAGCCUCCAGAUAUCAGUGAAAAGAUACCUGUCAAAUAUUGGUGAGGACCCAGAGUUUGUGUUGUCUGAAUUAGAACGACUUGAUCAUCAGUUAUUUGCAAGAGCCAUGGAGUAUCUUUUCAGCGGGAAGAAGGAAAAAUUUGGAAUGGCUGGAAUAGAUGUGGACUUUGAGACCAUACGGGAUGAAAUCUUCCAGUCUCCGGUAGGAAAUCGCACUUUAUUUAACAUCACCCUCGAGAAAUGCCUUCCAGCAAUGUAUUCGGGUGAAUGCGUGAAAGCACUGGGUCAGGUCACACGUAUGUAUGGCGGGACUUACCUGCAAAGUGACGUGAUAGCGAGAUUGCCAACUGAGAUACCAGAUGACCCAUUCAGAAACCUUUCAUCUGUAUUUAGGGACCUGUAUGAUAAGCUAAAGGCCCGUGACCGGAGAGCUCUAUAUGAAUGGAUGACUCAAGUUCUGCAGGAAUCCUAUGCAGUCCACGAGGCCAAUGCAUCAAUAUCAUGGGUGACUGCUGAAAGCCUGUGGAUCUUAGGCCGUUUCAUGGUACAUCUACCACUGGUUGAAAUCAGGAAAAUCAGUGUCAGUGAAAUUCGGAUUUUUAUAAGCUAUGACAAUGCCACAAAGCAGCUGGAUACGGUAUAUGAUAUUACACAAGAUCUGGCAAAAGCAUUCCUGGAGCUAAUAAACUCUGCCGGGUUUGAUAUGAGAAAUAUAUCCACUCUGUAUAGACUGGGGUUACUCAUCUGCUUCUACGAUGAUAUGCAAGAUCUUGAUCCUGGGAUGGCAAAAGCUGUGUUACAUCAAAUGAUUAAGUGCAACCAGCUGAGGGGCUUCCAGGCCGAUGUACAAAAGCUAAAGUCUCAGUUCCUUCAAAUAGCUGUCUUAAACCAGACCUUAAAUGAAAGCCUGGGCUCUCUCUCAGAUGCCGUGGUUGGACUGACCAUAUCCCAGCUGGAAUCCUUAUCUCCAGAAGCUGUGCAGAGCGCUAUCCUAACACUCCAGCAAGUCUCGGGGUGGACUAAGAGCCAGAUUAUGGUCCUUACAAGGAAGUUUCUCCACUUUGAGAAGGUUCUAACAUAUUCCAACGUAAGUCAACUGGGAGAACUGGUGUCAGGAGUCAGUGCAGAGUCCUUUUAUGAGAUGAAUCCCCGGGAUUUUUUUAUGGCUAUGAAGAGUGGACUCUCCCAGCAUGUAGCAUAUUUCACCCCAGCACAACAAGAGAGCUUCCUAAGUAAGCUGAUGUCUUCUGGAGAAUUUCAGACCGUCCUGUCAGACAUGAAUGGAGCCUUCUUUAAACACGUGUCUCUCUCACAACUGCUCGCACAAGGGAACGUGGACGUAACAGAACUAAGUGACAAAGAGCUGAGAAGGAGUCAGGCCCUUCUUUUGUUUGACCUACUGUCUCCAAAUGUACCACUGGUGAAUCUUCUUAGUACAGGACAACUGGUGAAAGGAAUGACCUGCGAAUACGUAGACAAGAUGAGCAAGCCGACCUUCCUGAACCACUACAAGCUCAUAGAGAGGAAUCUGCCCUUACUUUCUCCACAUCAGAUCCAUUGCCUGGCAUGGAAAUAUUGGAGAGUUUCCCGUGCAACCAUCCCUCCAUUCCUGCUGGCCGUGCUUCCGACAGAAUAUUUUGCUUCUCACCUUCUCUGCAAACAGAUGUUAAUUGGUCUAAGGAAGAUUGAUCUUAACUAUUUGCUGUUACAAGCAAGCAAGAAGGAUUUCGUAAUUAGCAAAGUGAAUCAGUGCCUGAACAAUUCCGUUGCCGAUGUGUAUCAGGUCGAUAUACUUGGGGAUCUCAUUUGUCACCUGUCUCCAGGCAUCAUAGAGACCGGUAUACCCUCCACUGUAAUGGAGGCAGCGUUAAAUCAGAUGAAGGCCUGCACAAAUCUCAGCCGAGAACAAAGUGAAGCAAUUAAACACAGAAUUUGGGAACAUUACGGAAACCCAUUAAACUGGUCGUCGGAAACAGUGCAAGAUAUGGCGGCUUUCUGGAAUCUUUUGUCAAAAGAAGAGAUGAUGAUUAUAACAGAAAAGUUCCAGAAGCUGGUCUCAGAGAUUGUAUCAGGAGAAGCCGCCAUACCCCAGAGCGAUGAGAUGCUAUCAGGAUUAUUCCAUGCCAUUCACUUACGUGGUGCCAACAUAUCUGAGCCUGACCAGACGGCAGAGUGUAUAGGCAUUAGAGCGCCAUCUGCUGGAACAGUGAUGAUACUGGGUGAAGCCAAUGCAUUCUGGACUUCGGAGGAGCUGCAGUGCAUGACACUAGACACCUUUGCCAAAUGUAUUCAAGUCCUUUGUGUUCUAAGACGUUUCAAUCAAUCUCAGUUAUAUAUUUUGAAAGAAAAGGCAAAAAUGGUUUGGGGCCCAUUGUCAGAAUGGAACAGUUAUCACAUUACAGCAUUGGGACGUAUAGCCACCACGCUGAGUGUCCGUGAGUUGAAUGACCUAUACCUAGAUUGUAUAGAUAUGGUGUCUGCCCUUACCCAGCAGACAGAAUGGACUUCUCCUCAGUUAAAGGCCAUACUUCAUAGUUUCCUAAACGAUUCUGGAAAAUCAAUAAAAGAUUUGAAGAGCUUUGAACUAGCCGGGUUGGGAAACAGUGUAUGUGCUGCUGAUGUCAAGCAGAUAGAUGACAUCAACACUUUGGAGUUUCGCUCUAUUAUUUCCAGAAUUGGAUCUUUCCCUUGUAGUCCAAGAAUCCUGCAAGCUUUUAAAAAUAAGACUGAGAAAAUUUUGGGAAAAACUGAAAAGUGGAGCCAUUUCAUUUUGAAUGAUGUUGGCUACAUAACAGCUGGUUUCAGUAAAGAAGAUUUCAAGGCUCUGGAUCCAAGACUUAUGUCCUAUAUUCAGCCUUCCGCCAUUAAACUUAUACCUGAGGAGAUAUUUAAGGAGCUGUCACCUGAGCACAUCACAAACCUUGGCCCUGAGAAUGGAGCAAUGGUUACAGGAUCCCAGCGUGCGCUGCUGAACAGCGUACAACUGCAGAGCCUAAAGCAGGCACUAGAGGGCAGGAGAGCAAGCACUAACACCUCGGUACUAGUGACAACCCGCUCAACCACCACAGCAACCACUCCCCCUGUAUCCAAGAGUGUCACAGUGACAGCUGAUUAUUGCCUUGUGUUUGCUUUAUCCAUGACUUGGACAUCAGUAACGUCUUACUAUUCUUAAUUGUGUAUUGUGCCAACCCUG